GGUCCCCUCACUUUCUAGGGCCUCUCUUGAGCCUUCUAAUGUUCCCUUCCUACAGCUGCGACCGAGGGCCAUGUGGGCGCCGACCAGAAAGCCCGCAGACAGAAGCAGCCCAUAACUGACCAAACAAGGGGUCUGCAGCCAAAGCCUCGGCACAAUGGAGGCCCCGUAUUCCAUGACAGCGCACUACGAUGAGUUCCAGGAAGUCAAGUACGUGAGCCGGUGUGGCACCGGGGGCGCCCGAGGGACCUCGCUACCUCCAGGCUUCCCGAGGAGCUCAGGGCGCAGUGCUAGCGGGGCCCGGUCGGGGCUACCGCGCUGGAACCGACGGGAGGUGUGCCUGCUGUCGGGGCUGGUGUUCGCCGCCGGCCUCUGUGCCAUCUUGGCAGCCAUGCUGGCGCUCAAAUACCUGGGCCCUGGCGCGGCGGGCACUGGCGGAGCCUGUCCCGAGGGCUGCCCGGAGCGCAAGGCCUUCGCGCGCGCCGCCCGCUUCCUGUCUGCCAACCUGGACGCCAGCAUCGACCCGUGCCAGGACUUCUACUCGUUCGCGUGCGGGGGCUGGCUGCGGCGCCACGCCAUCCCCGACGACAAGCUCACCUAUGGCACGAUCGCGGCCAUCGGAGAGCAGAACGAGGAGCGCCUGCGGCGCCUGCUGGCGAGACCCACCGGAGGCCCCGGCGGCGCUGCGCAGCGCAAGGUGCGCGCCUUCUUCCGCUCGUGCCUCGACAUGCGCGAGAUCGAGAGGCUCGGGCCGCGGCCCAUGCUCGAGGUCAUCGAGGACUGCGGCGGCUGGGACCUAGGCGGCGCGGCCGAUCGCCCGGGGGCGGCUCGCUGGGACCUCAACCGACUGUUGUACAAGGCACAGGGUGUGUACAGCGCGGCCGCGCUCUUCUCGCUUACAGUCAGCCUGGACGACAGGAACUCCUCGCGCUACGUCAUCCGUAUUGACCAGGACGGGCUCACCCUGCCAGAGAGAACCCUGUACCUAGCUCAAGAUGAGGAGAGUGAGAAGGUCCUGGCCGCAUACAAGGUGUUCAUGGAGCGCCUACUCAGACUACUGGGUGCAGACGCUGUGGAACAGAAGGCUCAGGAGAUCCUUCAACUGGAGCAGAGGCUGGCUAAUAUCUCUGUGUCAGAAUAUGAUGAUCUCCGUCGAGAUGUCAGCUCCGUGUACAACAAAGUGACUCUGGGGCAGCUGCAGAAGAUCACCCCCCAUUUGCAGUGGAAAUGGCUGCUGGACCAGAUCUUCCAGGAGGACUUCUCUGAAGAGGAGGAGGUGGUGCUGCUGGCCACAGACUACAUGCAGCAGGUGUCCCAGCUCAUCCGAUCCACACCCCGAAGGAUCCUUCACAACUACCUAGUGUGGCGUGUGGUGGUGGUUCUGAGUGAGCACCUGUCCCCACCAUUCCGAGAGGCACUGCAUGAGCUGGCCAAAGAGAUGGAGGGCAAUGACAAACCCCAGGAGUUGGCCCGAGUCUGCCUGGGCCAGGCCAACCGCCACUUCGGCAUGGCUCUUGGUGCCCUCUUUGUACAUGAACACUUCUCAGCUGCCAGUAAAGCCAAGGUACAGCAGCUGGUGGAAGAUAUCAAGUACAUCUUGGGCCAGCGCCUAGAGGAGCUGGACUGGAUGGACGCCCAGACCAAGGCAGCUGCUCGGGCUAAGCUCCAGUACAUGAUGGUCAUGGUUGGCUAUCCAGACUUCCUGCUGAAACCUGAGGCUGUAGACAAAGAGUAUGAGUUUGAGGUCCACGAGAAGACCUACUUCAAGAACAUUUUGAACAGCAUCCGAUUCAGCAUCCAGUUGUCUGUCAAGAAGAUCCGACAGGAGGUGGACAAAUCCACGUGGCUGCUCCCUCCGCAGGCGCUCAAUGCCUACUAUCUGCCCAACAAGAACCAAAUGGUGUUCCCAGCUGGCAUCCUGCAGCCCACCCUGUAUGACCCAGACUUCCCACAGUCUUUGAACUACGGGGGCAUCGGUACCAUCAUUGGGCAUGAGCUGACCCAUGGCUAUGAUGAUUGGGGAGGACAGUAUGACCGCUCAGGAAACCUGCUGCACUGGUGGACUGAGGCCUCCUACAGCCGCUUUCUGCACAAGGCCGAGUGCAUUGUUCGCCUCUAUGACAACUUCACCGUCUACAACCAGCGGGUGAAUGGGAAACACACACUUGGCGAGAACAUCGCAGACAUGGGAGGCCUCAAGCUGGCCUACUAUGCCUAUCAGAAGUGGGUCCGGGAGCAUGGCCCAGAACACCCACUGCACCGGCUCAAGUACACCCACAACCAGCUUUUCUUCAUUGCCUUUGCCCAGAACUGGUGCAUCAAGCGACGGUCACAGUCCAUCUACCUGCAGGUGCUGACAGACAAACACGCACCUGAGCACUACCGGGUCCUGGGUAGCGUGUCCCAGUUUGAGGAAUUCGGCCGGGCCUUCCACUGUCCCAAGGACUCUCCCAUGAACCCUGUCCGUAAAUGCUCUGUGUGGUGAGCCUGGCCUGUGUACCCGCACGUCCCCACUGCCCUGCACGGAUCACCUCUGCCAGCUGCUGGGGCAACGUCAGUCCCCUAUGUCCCUGCUCCAGGUCUAUCUUCCUUCCCAACUUUCAUGUGAUUGUCUUCCCACCUCCUGCAGUCCUUCACUUCAGCAAGAGCCUGGAGUAGGGGUGAGGCUGGGUUCUGGGGGCACUCAAGGGGGAAAUAUAAGGUCCCCACACCUGGCUCUAGGCAGCUGGACCCCUCUGGGGCUGGGCUGUACAGGCCCCACUGCUGUGCUCUUGCUGAUAAGUCUGGUCAAUAAAGCUGCUGUACU